CGUAGCUAGUGUUGUUCGAAGAUCGUCCUGCGCGCAGUCAUUGAGCUAGCUCGUAAGAGGGUUAGUUGGUGCAGUGCGGUGUGCGCAUGUUAUUAUUACAGUGUACGGAUUACUAUUACGGUAUAAAAAAUGAGGAAUCAGCAUCGAACGCUGACGUUUAAGGUGGCGCUAUGGGUAUUCUUCACAAUUUUUAUACCAACUAACACUCAGUUCGCCAAUCCUCUUGCAUCACUAAUGAAUUUUCUUCAAGAAGGCACAAACCAGUUAGAUAAUGAACCUCCUGACCAGACAAACCUCCUCAGUGAAUAUGAUUUUAUAGUUGUUGGUGCAGGCACUGCGGGGUGUGUCAUUGCCAAUCGAUUAACAGAAAUACCCGAAUGGAAAGUUUUACUGGUAGAAGCUGGUAUUAAUGAGAACUUCGUUAUGGAUAUACCGAUUAUUGCAAAUUAUCUUCAAUUUACUAACGCUAAUUGGAAGUAUAAGACAAAACCAUCGGAUAAAUAUUGCGCAGGUUUUGAGAAUAAGCAAUGUAAUUGGCCACGUGGAAAAGUUGUUGGAGGAUCUAGUGUAUUAAAUUAUAUGAUUUAUACCAGAGGUGCAGCACAAGAUUACAAUAAUUGGGAAGCAAUGGGCAAUGAAGGCUGGGGUUGGGAUGAGGUCCUACCUUAUUUCAAAAAAAUUGAAAACUUUAAUAUACCAUCACAGGAUAACCCUGUUUACCAUGGUCAUGAUGGAUAUUUAAAUAUUGAACAUGCACCUUAUCGUACUAGCAAAGGGAAGGCAUGGGUGAAAGCCGCUCAAGAGUUAGGUUUCAAAUAUAACGAUUACAAUGGAGCUAAUCCUGCCGGUGUAUCUUUUCUACAACUUUCAAUGAAAAAUGGAACAAGACAUAGCUCUAGUCGCGCUUAUCUUCAUCCUAUAAAUAAAAGAAAUAAUCUUCAUUUGUCUAAACAAUCCAUGGUUACAAAACUUAUUCUGGAUACAACUAAAACAAAAGUUAUAGGCGUAGAACUAGAAAAACGGGGCAAAAAAUAUAAAAUUUUAGCAAAAAAAGAAGUCAUAGUCUCGGCAGGUGCAAUUAAUUCUCCACAAUUAUUGAUGCUUUCAGGAAUAGGACCAAAAGAACAUCUAGAUUCUUUAAAUAUUCCCAUUGUAAAAGAUUUACCAGUAGGACAAAAUCUAAUGGACCACAUUGCCGCUGGUGGAGUUCAAUUUAUGGUACAACAACAAAAUAUAACUCUUUCUACAAAUUAUUUAUUAAAUCAUUUAGAAUUAGUAUUUAAGUGGAUGCAAAAUCAUAAGGGACCAUUAUCCAUUCCUGGUGGAUGUGAAGCUUUAGUGUUUUUGGACUUAAAGGAUAAAUUCAAUGUAACUGGGUGGCCUGAUUUGGAGUUACUUUUUAUAAGCGGUGGACUUAAUUCUGAUCCUCUGUUGCCACGAAACUUUGGUUUUGAUGAACAAAUCUAUUCUGACACCUAUGCCUCUUUAGGUAAUAACGAUCUUUUCAUGGUGUUUCCUAUGCUUAUGCAACCUAAAUCAAAAGGAAGAGUUAUGUUACGAAACAGAAACCCUAAAGUACAUCCGACAAUCAUUCCCAACUACUUUGAGUAUCCCGAGGAUUUGCAGAAAAUAGUAGAAGGAAUAAAAUUAUCCAUUGAAAUAUCAAGGCAAGUAUCGAUGAAAAAAAUAGGAACCAAAGUGUAUGACGUGCCUAUAGCCGACUGUUUGAAAUAUGGACCAUUUGGCAGUGACGCGUACUUUGCAUGUCAAGCGCAAAUGUUCACAUUUACAAUUUAUCACCAAAGUGGAACAUGUAAGAUGGGAGCUAAGACUGAUCCUACAGCAGUAGUAGAUUCUAGAUUAAGAGUACACGGGAUUUCUAAAUUAAGAGUUAUUGACGCUAGUAUUAUGCCUCAAAUAGUGUCAAGUCAUACAAAUGCCCCUACAUUUAUGAUAGCAGAAAAAGGCGCAGACAUGAUAAAAAAAGAUUGGGGAAAGUAGAAUCAACUAUCUAAAAUAUAAGUUUGACUGUGAUUUUAUUUAAGCUUCAUUUUAUAGAUAAUUGAUAUUGAAAAUAAAUGUUAAAAACA